AUGUUCCCAGGUCCGAGCAGAGCAUCUGUAUGUUGGCCCUGCAGCCCACUGGCCACUUGCGGCCCACUGGCCACUUGCGGCCCACUGGCCACCCGCGGCCCACUGGCCACCCGCAGCCCACUGGCCACCCGCAGCCCACUGGCCACUUGCAGCCCACUGGCCACCCGCAGCCCACUGGCCACCCGCAGCCCACUGGCCACUUGCAGCCCACUGGCCACCCGCAGCCCACUGGCCACCCGCAGCCCACUGGCCACUUGCAGCCCACUGGCCACCUGCGGCCCACUGGCCACCCGCGGCCCACUGGCCACUUGCGGCCCACUGGCCACUUGCGGCCCACUGGCCACCCGCGGCCCACUGGCCACCCGCAGCCCACUGGCCACCCGCAGCCCACUGGCCACUUGCAGCCCACUGGCCACCCGCAGCCCACUGGCCACUUGCAGCCCACUGGCCACCCGCAGCCCACUGGCCACCCGCAGCCCACUGGCCACUUGCAGCCCACUGGCCACCUGCAGCCCACUGGCCACUUGCAGCCCACUGGCCACCUGCAGCCCACUGGCCACCUGCAGCCCACUGGCCACUUGCAGCCCACUGGCCACCCGCAGCCCACUGGCCACCCGCAGCCCACUGGCCACCCGCAGCCCACUGGCCACCCGAAGCCCACUGGCCACCCGCAGCCCACUGGCCACCCGCAGCCCACUGGCCACCCGCAGCCGACUGGCCACUUGCAGCCCACUGGCCACUUGCAGCCCACUGGCCACCUGCAGCCCACUGGCCACUUGUCCAAGGAAGAAGCCGUUUCCUCUGUUUAUCCUGGUGUUUGGAUGUCUGGUUCUCUCUGUGUUUUCCACCAUCCCUGCUCACCAGGAAUUCUCUUCACACUGUCUUCUCAUCCUGGAGUUUGUGAUGAUUGUAGUGUUUGGUCUGGAGUACAUCAUUAGGAUAUGGAGUUCUGGCUGCUGCUGCCGCUACCGAGGCUGGCAGGGACGCCUCCGGUUCGCCAGGAAGCCCUUCUGUGUCAUAGACAUCAUCGUGCUCAUUGCCUCCGUGGCCGUGGUGUCGGCCGGCAGCCAGGGGAACAUCUUCGCCACCUCGGCGCUGCGCAGCCUCCGCUUCCUCCAGAUCCUGCGCAUGGUGCGGAUGGACCGCCGGGGGGGCACCUGGAAGCUGCUGGGAUCUGUGGUAUACGCCCACAGUAAGGAACUGGUCACCGCCUGGUACAUCGGCUUCCUGGUGCUCAUCUUCUCCUCCUUCCUGGUUUAUCUGGUGGAGAAAGAAUUCAACAAGGAGUUUGCCACCUACGCUGACGCUCUGUGGUGGGGCACGAUCACCCUCACGACCAUCGGCUACGGGGACAAGACCCCCCAGACGUGGACGGGACGUUUGCUAUCGGCUGGUUUUGCUCUGCUGGGAAUCUCCUUCUUCGCUCUGCCAGCUGGCAUCCUCGGGUCAGGUUUUGCUCUGAAGGUUCAGGAGCAGCAUCGACAGAAGCACUUUGAAAAGAGGAGGAACCCAGCGGCCAGCCUUAUCCAGGCGGCUUGGCGUCUGUACACCACCGAAGGCGCUCGUCCGUACCUCAGAGCCACCUGGCACCUCUACCAAAGCGCCCUCCCCCCCCUCAGUCAGAAGCUGAGUUUCAAGGAGCGGGUCCGCAUGGCGAGUCCUCGUGGUCAGAGCAUGAAGAGCAGACAGGCGUCCAUCAACGACCGCCGCUCCCCUGGCAAUGAGGGGGUGGGGGGCGCCGAGCUGAUGGGGGGGAGUCCGGCUAAAGUGCAGAAGAGCUGGAGCUUCAACGACCGGACACGUUUCCGUCCGUCUCUGCGGCUGAAGAGCCAGACGCGCACGGCGGUGCCAGACGUGGACGCAGGCGUGACCACGGAGGACUCCUUCGACGAGAGGCGCUGCCACUGCGACGUGACCGUGGAGGAUCUGUCGGCGCCGCUGAAGGCCGUCAUCAGAGCCGUCAGGAUCAUGAAGUUUCACGUUGCAAAGAAGAAGUUCAAGGAGACGCUGCGUCCCUACGACGUGAAGGACGUCAUCGAGCAGUACUCUGCGGGACACUUGGACAUGCUGUGUCGCAUCAAGAGCCUUCAGACCAGACUUGACAAAGUCGUGGGCCCCCCCGCGAGGCCGUUCAGCAGCCGCCUCAAGACCUUUUCUGCUCCUUCCCUGCAUUUAUAUUACAGCCAGGCGCGGAGGAAGCAGUCUGCGCCGGGGUUAGACCUCAGCGCCGCCACCUGCCUCCCGGGUCGACCCAGGAACGUGUCGGCUCCCCUCCUGCAUUAUUAUUACAACCACAGGAAGAAGCUCCCCCCCUCAGGGGUGGAUCAGAUCCUGGGAAAAGGCCAGAUUCCUGUGGAUAAGAAGAUGAGGGAGAAGCUGAACCAGGACGGGGACACGCUGGAGGGCGUGAGCAUGCUGGGACGGGUGUGCAAGGUGGAGAGACAGGUGACUUCCAUCGAAUCGAAGUUGGACUCUUUGCUGGACGUCUACCGCCAGGUGCUGCACACCGGCUCCUCGGCCCUCACCCUCUCCUCCCUGCCUCUGUUCGAGCUGAACCGGCACCACAACAUGGACUACCAGACCUCCAUCAUCGGCAGGGACCUCCCCUCCCCCCAGGGAGUCGACCCCGUCCGAGGCGGAGGCGAUAACAACGGGGGUGUUCGCUGUUCCCUGAGCAGUAACCCCCGGGGCCUGCGGCUCAUCCUGGCCUCCGUUGACGAUGACAUCCCCCCGGACUCAGCACCUCCAUCUUACCCCCCGUCCACAGCCUCACUCUCUCCCUCACCGCUGCUGCCCCCUGACAGCCCCUACCCAACCUUGGUCACACCCAAUGGCAGCUCCAGGAGAGCACACUUCGCCGACCCGCCGCCCCCGGCCCCCUCAUCUAGAGGCUUCACCCUCCAGCUGCCCCCCCUGGCGCAGCCCUCUCACCUCCGAUGUGUCUCUGUCCCAGAUGAUCUGUCGGACGGAGUGACGGCAGACCAGGAGAGCCUGGGCCCGUCUGUGGUGGUGGGCUCCGACGUGGACGCUGACCCGGAGGAGGACGGUGAGGCCGGCUCUGCCCGGGGACGGGGGCAGCUGCGGGAGAAGCCUGGCUCGAGAUGUGAGGGGGGGUGGAGGAGGCACCUGAGCCUGGAGGCCAACCCCCUGCUGCUGCUCUCGUCCAGUCCAGACGGGACUUCUUCAGACUGGGAAGGCAGUCUGGGGAAAUCCCUCUCCGCGCACAACCUCAGCCAGCCCCUGAGCAACCGGGCCUCUGGUCCCCCCCCCGCUCUCCACCACAGCAGCAGCAGCACCGGUAGCGAACAGGGCGACGCCCGCCACGAUGACCUCAGCACCUGGGACGGAACAGAACUCUUCAUUAGUGAGCGCAAGCUGGAGCCUGCAGGAGAACAUUUCAACUUCCUGUCCCAGGGACCUGACGCCAGCCCCUCCGACCUGUUACAGACUGUGGACGCUGCUGCACCUCACCCUAAGGGAAAUUCAGUCAAUCUCAGUCAGUCACCACACAUACAGCUGGCAUAACCACACACAUAUACACACACACACACACACGCACUCACACACACUCUUGCGUCCUGUAUCUACAUGAUUUUUAUCGGAUUAUCGGAUUAAAUGCUUCGUGUGGGGACAGUGUUUUUAUAUUUUGUCCAACAUGAUCAUGUCCACUUCCAUACAGACUCUAUAAGGUUAUUUACCUUAUUAUAUAUAUUUCUAACAGUAAUAUUAACACAAAGGAAACAAUAAUAGUCUAAUAAAAGUAUGUGUAGAAUAUGAAUGCAAGUGGACAUAUUAAUGUAAGACAAAAUACACAAACGGCUCACACAUGCAAAUGAGUUUUCCUUUAAAGAAAUAGAUUUGUUCUUUAUCUAAAUAUUUGGAUAAUCAAAUUCAUACUCAAAGGAUAAAAUGAUAUUAGUCAUAUGAUACAAAAAGAUAUUGUUUAAGUUUUGAUCUGACAUUAAAGAAAUUGAUAUUUGACAGUGUAGAUGCAGAUAAUAAGUUUAGUUAGACGCAAAAAGUGCUGUUAAAGUUAAAUUUAAGUUAUGUUCCAGCUGUUCUUGAUUUUCAGCCUCAGUCUGGAUGUUGAGUGUAGCUCAUUCCUUAAAGAAGCAGGAGUCUUAACUUUUCAUUGUAGAAAUGAAAGGAUGAGUCAUCUGACCUGAGCCGCUGAAAACAGAGGAAUCACUGCCUGGAUACGAGCGGCGUCAUUUGAAGACUCUGACGUCCAUCAUGACAUUUCAAUCCUUGAGAUUAGAACUUCCUCAGAUGACAGACACCACCUUGGUAAUGAAAGAUGUAACCUGUACAAUGACUUCUGUUUUGGUCCGUGUCCCAUCCACUCACAUGGAGAAGACCGAGUGACAGAGUGUGUGUCAUGAUCUGAUUUCAUGAUUAUUUACAGUCAGUAAAUAAGGGAUGGUAUUUUAAUAUGAAAAAUCAUAUCAACCACUUCUCUCUUGAAAACAGUACACACAUGCACACACACACACACACACACACACACACACAACCACUGAGUCCUCUCAGAAGAACCAACCUGACAAUGACUGACUAGUGACUUAUUUGUUUUCAUACAAGUGCUUCUACUCUGAGACUUUCUUGGAAGAAAAGGAAAGUCGCUCCUCGUUCAAUGUCCUCUUUUCCUUAAGCUUUCCUACAUAUCACUGCAUGGACUGUUUCCAGGUGUGUGUUCAGACCACAAGCAUCUCAUUCUACUUAUCCUCUGCAGACACACACACAUGAAUCCUCCGUGUGUGUCCUCGGUGAAAUUGGAUGCUGCAAUCCAAUCGGGGAGAAAAUGGCCGCUCAGCAGUGUCUCUUUGUGCUGGACCGUGUCCCUCUUGGUUUGGACAGUGGCCUGGUCCGUGAGUUCAUGGUCUGAAAGCUGGAGGCUGUGGGGUCAUCUCAGCCCAGCACCAGAUGCUGUAUGUCUAAGCUGCUGCUUCCAGAGCAGCCCCUCGCUCGCUGGUGUCGCCUGGACGCCCUCGUGCACGUUCACGUUUCCUCCAAACCUUUAACAGGAAGGUACGAACAAAGUUUGCCUCAGUGAACAUUAUAAUAUUCUAAUUUGAACUAAUUUGAUAGUAGUUUAAAAACCCGUACUGUCAGUGUUAUGGAUAACCCACUGACUAUGAAAUGUUGUGAUGCACAAGGUUGUUUAAUUAUUAGAUUUGUUUGACAAACCCUCUCUUGUUACUGGGUGCUGGUUGCACCAUGUGCAUUAAUAGUGAUUAGAGGCUGCUAAGCUGACCUUAUCCCCCCCCCCCAGUCCAAAUAUAAUGUGGGUUUACAAUCAUAGACUGUUUAUUAAGAUGGACGAAGCGUCUCCACUACUUGAAGUAGUGAUCAAGAGACAGAGCCGUGGGAGGGAGGUCCUCUCAAUACAGGUUCUCCACCAAUCACGCGUCAGUCUCAGCUGUCAAUCAUGACAUUUAACCCUGUUUCCUUAGAGCAUCAAAUAACCAAUUAAAACCAAGCCUAUUAGAAAAAUGAAGGUUUGAACUAACAUUGUGAAGAACUACUCCACAGCUCCUCUUCAGCGUCUCCUCUCAAAAGUUUCUUGUGUUUUGAAAUAUGAGAUGAAAAAAUCAUUCCUGAAGUCUCAAGUGUGACAGAAUGACAAACCAACUUUUGCAUGACCUUUAUUGCAGCCAACCAGCAGAGGGCGAUCAAGACCCAUCUUCCCCUUUUGGGAAAAGAUGUCACGUCGUCCAUCUUUAAAAACAGUGUGUGGUUCCAAUGCACAGAUCCCAUUUAUAACACGGCAGGUCGGCUACACCAUGAUGAUAAUACACUGUACACGCAGUGCUGUAGA